AUGAAGGAACACAAGUCAAAGAAGCGUGGCAGGGAGGCGUCUGCCAAGUCCGACGCCGUGGUGCCGCUGGCGCUCAUCCCGGCCCAGAAGAUGGCCAAGAUCGCCUUCUCGCAGCAGACAUCCGACGAGGCGCCCCGCCACGUCAACACGAUCGAGUACGACGGCAAGGCCUGCACGCACGAGGUGGCCUGGCCGCCCGGGCACGAGGGUCCGCUGGGUCCGCCGGCCGCGCCGUCGAAGCCCCCCGCGAAGGAGUACUCCUUCGCCAUCGACCCGUUCCAGCGCACGGCGAUCCACGCCCUCGAGGCGGGGCACAACGUGCUGGUCGCCGCGCACACCUCCGCGGGGAAGACCGUCGUCGCGCAGUACGCGUUCGCGAUGGGCCUCCGGGACCGCGCCAAGGUCGUGUACACGAGCCCGCUCAAGGCGCUGUCGAACCAGAAGUUCCGGGAGCUGCAGGAGGAGUUUGGCGACGUGGGGCUGAUGACGGGCGACGUGACGAUCAACCCGGACGCGCACUGCCUCGUGAUGACGACGGAGAUCCUGCGGUCGAUGCUGUACCGCGGGUCGGAGAUCGUGCGCGAGAUGAAGCUCGUCGUGUACGACGAGAUCCACUAUAUGCGCGACAAGGAGCGCGGCGUGGUGUGGGAGGAGACGAUCGUGCUGGCCCCCAAGGGCGUGCGGUUCGCCUUUCUGUCCGCGACGCUGCCGAACUCGUUCGAGUUCGCGCAGUGGAUCGCCAAGGUCCACGGUAGCCCGUGCGACGUCACGUACACGGACUACCGCCCGACGCCCCUCCAGCACUACCUCUUCCCGGAGGGGGGUGACGGGUUGUACCUGACGAUGGACGCCGGGCGGUUCCGCGAGGACAACUUCCAGAAGGCGGUCGCGGACCUGAACGACGCGCAGGUCGCGGGCGGCAAGAAGCAGGGCGCCGCGAGGGAGGCCAAGGUCACGGAGCAGGACCAGCAGCGCGCCGACAUGCUCAAGCUGGUGCGGAUGAUCAUCGAGCGCAACUACGACCCGGUGAUCGUGUUCGCGUUCAGCAAGCGCGACUGCGAGAAGCACGCGCUCGCGCUGUCGAGCCUCGAGCUGAACAACGAGGACGAGCAGAAGCUGGUCGAGACCAUCUUCUGGAGCGCGCUCGGGAUGCUGGCGCCCGAGGACCAGGCGCUCGCGCAGGUGCGCGAGAUACUGCCGAUGCUGAAGCGCGGCGUGGGCGUGCACCACUCGGGGCUGAUUCCUAUCUUGAAGGAGGUGAUCGAGAUACUGUUCCAGGAGAACCUGCUCAAGUGCCUGUUCGCGACGGAGACGUUCAGCACGGGCCUCAACAUGCCCGCGAAGACCGUCGUCUUCACCGGCCUGCGCAAGUACGACGGGGGGGGGUUCCGCUGGAUCUCCCCGGGGGAGUACAUCCAGAUGUCGGGCCGCGCGGGACGACGCGGCCUCGACGACCGGGGCGUGGUGAUCAUGAUGAUGUCGCCGGCGCUGGACCCGGCCACCGCGAAGGGACUGCUGCAGGGCAGUGCGGACCUGAUGUACUCCGAGUUCCGCCUCGGGUACAACAUGCUGCUCAACAUGAUGCGCCUCGAGGGGUCCAAGCCCGAAGAAAUCAUGUCGCGCUCCUUCCGACAGUUCCAGGCCGAGCGCGCCAUCCCAGGUCUCGAGCGGCGGCUGGCGCAGCUGGAGGCGUCGUUGCGGGACCGCGUCAUACCGCAGGAGGAGGAGUUGCAGCUGUUGUACGACACAGUAGAACAGCUGCUCGUGCAGCGGCGGGCGCUGAGGGAGCUGAUCGCGGCGCCGAAGCGCUGCGUGCCCUUCCUGCAGCCCGGCCGCGCGGUGCAGGUGCUCACGGCGGCGGACCCGGGCGCGCCGGUGUCGGGCACGCAGGUGGUGGGGGCGUGCCGGCAGUGCGCGGCGGCGGCGAAGAAGGCGGGCGGGAAGGUGCCGGCGGGGGCGGGGACCGAGGAGGCCGUGUGGGGGCUCAUCGUGAGCUUCCGGAGGGAGGGGUCGGGGGGCAAGGCGAAGAGCAAGGGCACGGAGGACUCCCCCCCGGAGAGCUACACCGUGGACGUGCUGCUGAAGCUCCGGUCAGACACGGUGCCACGUCAUGGACAGGCCGACUGGGACAAGGUGCCCGUGCCAGUGGAUCCGCUGACGGGCGAGGGCAUCAUGGCGGUGGUGCCGGUCAAGCUGCGCUCGGUCGCGGCGCUGUCGGCGGUGCGCGUGCACCUCCCGCGGGACCUCCGGCAGCAGCACGCGUGCGACAACGCGGGCAAGGCGCUGGGCGAGGUGCUGCGGCGGUUCGGGGACGCGGUGCCGGUGCUGGACCCCGUGGGGGAUAUGGGCGCGGACAAGAAGAAGGUGGAGAAGUGCACCGGCGCGCUGAAGCAGCUGAACGACAUGCUCAACGUCCAGGAGGUGCUCGGCGCGGCGGACCUCGGGGACCGUCUGGAGGCGCUGCGGGAGAAGCACGUGGACAAGGAGGCGCUGGGGGUGGCCAAGCGGGAGCUGCGCGCGGCCAAGGGGCUCGUGCUCAAGAAGGAGCUGCACGCGCGCCAACGCAUCCUGCGCCAGCUCGGCCACGUGGACGAGAACGGCAUCGUGACGCUCAAGGGGCGCGUGGCGUGCGAGAUAUCGUCGGGGGACGAGCUGGUGCUGAGCGAGCUGGUGUUCGGGGGGGUGUUGAACGCGCUGACGGACGAGCAGGUCGUGGCGCUGCUGUCGUGCUUCGUGUGGACGGAGAAGGGCGGCCGCGGCGGCGUCAAGAUCCGGGAGGACCUGCAGGGGACGUUCGCGGCGCUGCGGGAGGCGGCGCGGACCGUGGGGCGCGCGGUGGCGGGGUGCGGGCUCCCGGUGGACGUGGAGGAGUUCGUGGAGUCGUUCCGGCCGGACCUGAUGGAGGCGUGCGCGGCGUGGCACCGCGGGGUGAAGUUCUCGGGGGUGUUGAAGCUGGCUGACGUGUUUGAAGGGUCGCUGGUGCGAGCCAUCCGCCGGCUGUCGGAGCUGCUGACGCAGCUGGGCGUGGCCGCGACGAACAUCGGGGAGACGGAGCUGUCGCACAAGAUGGAGACCAUCGGGGAGAGGCUGCGCAGGGACAUCAUUUUCGCUGCCUCGCUGUACCUCUGA